CUCGUGGAACAAAAAUUGGUAAAAUCGCUGCCAAGGAAAUUGAACGUGGAGCUGUGGCUUUGGAUGAUAGAUUAGCCAUGACGAAUCGAUCAUUAAAUUUAGUAAUUAAUCUAAAUGUGCCAGAAGAAGUAAUAUUACAGCGAAUAAUGGAUCGAUGGGUACAUGUACCAUCUGGGCGCGUCUAUAAUUUAAGCUAUAAUCCUCCAAAAAUUAACGGCAUUGAUGACAUUACUGGAGAAAAAUUGACAAAACGUUCUGAUGAUAAUCCUAUUCGUCUUCAAAAACAUAGAGCUUUAACUGAGCCAUUAUUAGAGUAUUAUACGAAACGCAAUAUAUUAAUUACUUUUUAUGGACGUACAAGUGAUGAAAUUUAUCCACAAAUUGAAAGAGAACUCAUAAAAAGAUUUGGUGCUGGAAAUUUAGGUUAA